AUGAAAAACAUUGAUUCUUCAACGUCCAGAAUCGAAGAACGCGAGGAGGAGGUGGACUUUUUGUUUGUGACUGAAAAGGAUUUGAAGGAUGAAAAUAUCGAUAUCAAUGCUAAGGUGACUGGCUUUGAUGCUUUAGUGGCGGUUUGCCAUAUUGCUUAUAAGAAACUCAAGCAAAAGAAGAGGGAGGAGAAACAGAAAGCGGGUGCAAUAUUGGGGGAUGGAAACAUAGACGGGCCGGUGAGGGAGAAAACUCUUAAAAAUCCUGCUGAUUACUUUGAAUUAAAGAAGAAAGAAAGGUUUGCGGGAGAGAAGCUAAUCAGUUCUGCUAAAAAGAGCGGUGGGACAAGUAACGGGGGAGGAAUAUUGAGGCGGAGAUUUAAUAAGGUGAAUGAGCCUAUGUCCGACCAGGUUCAUGAUGGCUUUGCUCCUAGGAAGAGAACUUCUGAGGAGAGGCCUUCUUGUUCUACGGAGAGCUAUGAAAGGAAUGGUUUUAGACAAGGACUUAUGACUGGGGCUAGUGAGGGAGGAUCGAACCAAGACAUGUUUUCGAGAAAGGAUACCGUAUUCAAACGAUCCCAUGCUCACAGCAUGCCAAAUAAAAGAUUGAAGGAGGAGAUGCCAAACUGUGGUGUUGGCUCACUAGCAGAGUUGUUGCCUCAUGAAGUCAAAGAAAGAAUUGCUUCUAUGAAAGGCAAAGAUGUGGAGUUAGUGGUGGACAAACAGUUGUAUGCAACUGACAUGGAAGAUGGCAACAGUCGUCUGUCGAUCCCUCUUAGACAAGUUAUAGCUAAGAAUUUCUUGUCAGAUGAAGAGAAGGGGGCUCUUAUAGAUGGUAAUUGUCUGAAAGUGAAGAUACUUGAACCCUCUUUGGAAAUGGUUAGUGACAUGAAUCUCAAGCAAUGGAAUAUGUUUAAGGAGAAGGGCAGUAAAACGACCUCUACUUUGCUCUUGUUAAGGUUGGUGAAAGAUAAGAAGAACGAAAUUGUUCUAACAGAAGCAAUACCGGUUCAUCAACUGGUAGCCAUGCUGGUGUGGUUGAAUAUGCGAGUCCUAGUUUUAAGAGAAGGAUUAGAAGAUGGUGGCAGCAGCGGCCGUAGUCAGAAAGGAGAAGAAGAUCCACCGUAUUCUGCUAGUCAGCCUGAAGAUGUUGAUUAA